AUGCUUUCUACUUCCUUGCCGAGUUUCAGUUUCUCUCUUAAGGAGGCACUUGAUCUUCUCCAACGUUUCAUCAACUCCUCAAACCAGAUUAAGCAGAUUCACAGCGUCCUCUUGACCAGCAACGCAUUAGUCUCUUCUCAACGGAAGACGAUACUCGUUUACAACACUCUCAUUCGAUCCUACCUCACUACAGGACAACACAAGACUUCUCUUGCUCUCUUCACCCACAUGCUUGCAAGCAACAUCCAACCAAUCGACCUCACUUUCCCUUCUCUCAUAAAAGCAGCUCACUCUUCCUUCUCCGUUUCUACAGGUGUUGCCUUACAUGGGCAAGCUCUCAAACGGGGUGUUUUAUCUGACCCAUAUGUUCAGACUUCUUUUGUUCGGUUUUAUGGUGAAGUUUGCGAUUUGAGAAGCUCGAGGAAGAUGUUUGAUGAGAUUGCACACCCUUGUGUUAUAGAGUGUAACAGUAUGCUUGACGCUUGUGGAAGAAACGGAGAGAUGGAUUCUGCUUUCGAGUUGUUUCAGAGAAUGCCUGUAACUGAUGUGGUCUCUUGGACUACUGUUAUCAACGGGUUUGGUAAGAACGGGUUACACGACAAGGCUGUAAUGCUUUUUAGGGAGAUGAUAGUGGUAAUACCUCCGAACGAGGCUACUUUAGUUAGUGUACUUUCUUCGUGUGCUAAUUUGGAUCAAGGAGGUGUUCAUUUGGGGAAGCAGAUUCAUGGUUAUGUUAUGAGGAAAGAGAUCAUCCUCACUGCUACUUUAGGUACUGCUUUGCUCGAUAUGUAUGGAAAAGCCGGUCACUUGGAGAUGGCAUUGACCAUUUUCAACCGAAUUCGUAAGAAAGAAGUUUUCACUUGGAAUGCGAUAAUAUCUGCUCUUGCUUCCAAUGGUAGACCUAAGGAAGCUCUGGAGAUGUUUGAGAUGAUGAAAGCGAAGAAUGUGCGUCCUAAUGGGAUCACUUUAACUGCAGUGCUCACGGCUUGUUCUCGAUCUAAACUUGUGGAGUUAGGUAUCCAGUUGUUCUCUUCCGUAUGUAGCGAGUACAAGAUCAUUCCAACAUCAGAGCAUUAUGCUUGCAUGGUUGAUCUCAUUGGCAGAGCUGGUCUACUAGUUGAUGCGGUGAAUUUCAUAAAGAAUUUGCCAGUGGAGCCUGAUGCUUCUGUGCUCGGAGCUCUUUUGGGGGCUUGCAAGAUUCAUGAGGAUUCUGAAUUAGGAAAUAAAGUAGGGAAAACGCUUAUUGGACUACAACCUCAACACUGUGGCCAGUACGUGGCGUUGUCAACAUUAAAUGCUUUGGAGAGCAAUUGGGCAGAAGCAGAACAGAUUAGGAAAGACAUGAUACAAGCUGGAAUUCGGAAAAUCCCUGCUUAUAGUGUGCUCUCAAGGCUUGAGAAGUGA